UCGUAUUUUAGAUGCACCGAGCGACACCUGACGGGAAAAUUAAUCAUGGCCGCUAAAACUUCGUCUACAACUUAACAAACAGAAACAAGUUGAUAAAAAUGGAGGAUGACGAGAGAACGCAGAAACUAAAAGCAGGAAAGCAAAAGUUAGCAGAGUUCCAGAAGAAACGAAAGAAGAAGAAGACACACUUACCAAAAGAUGCCGGGGAAGAAGAACCAGUUACCGUGGCGACAGACCAAAGCGAGGCUUCGUUGUCCAGUUCAGGGGAUGUGUCUUUUUCUGAUAGCGACCAGGGAAUGACUGAGACAGCACCUGACGACACCCGGACCUUACUGCGGAGACAGACAGCGCUGUACGCGGCCUAUGACAGAAUCGAAGAACUGGAGGAAAGCCUCACAGGAAAACAGCUUGCCCUGGACAAGGUCAUCUCAGAAAACGACCAGCUCCAGCGCAAAAUACAGGAGUCAAAGCUGAACGACUUGGAGUCGGCCGUGAAGAAACGGGAGGAGUUGAUCGUCCAACUGUCUUCUGCUCUUCAGACCGUGACCAGUCAGACGCCUAGUGAUGCCAUAGCAACGGAAAUGGCACAGGAAGUUCAGAAUUUGAAGAGCCAGCUCCUAAAUGCAAGCAAAAUGCUGGAGACCCAGAUGGAGAAAUACCGGACCACAACGCAGACUCUACAGGAGGCGAAGGCCGAGAUAUCCAUCUUACAGAAACAUCUCAGGGAGCGAGACAAAGGUCAAGAGGUCAAAGGGUCACCAGCAACCAAUCAGGAAGAGCCUUCACAGCUUCAAGCGGCCAAUGAAGAGAGACUUCAACUAGAGCAAGAACUCCUCGAGGCCAGGAAUCAGAUAGCCUCCCUUCAGGAGAGAUUGCAGGACAACUCGACAGGAAACGACGAAAAACUCGGUCAGAUUCUGGGUGAAUUGGAAGCUUUACAGGAAGUGGUCACAGGUAAAGACCAUGAGCUCCUUGAUUUACAGUCACGCGUGUCUGCCAGUGAGGAAGAGCGAGAUAAACUACAGUCACGUAUUUCAGACAUUGAAGAAGAAAGAGAUAGACUGAGUAAUAUUGUAUCUAAUUUAGAGGCAAGAAUUCUAGAAAAUGACAGACUCAAAGAGGAAAAUGACAAACUGAAAACUAACAUUCAAGAUGUAGAAGAGAGGUCUCGUAAAGAAUUGGAGCAAAUCAAAAAUGAAAACAUAGAAGUCCUAGAAAAUCUGAGAAAUGAGAAUGCCAAAGAAGCUGAGUGUUUGUUAAAUGAAUGCAAUGAACUUAAAUCCAAACUCGGUGAAUUUGAAAACAGUAUUAAAGAAACAACAGAAAUGAAACUGAAAAUGAAAGAUCUGGAAGAAAAAUUUAAAGAGAUGGAAGAAAAAUCUGCUAGUGAGAGUGGUGAGGUGGAUCUUAUGAGAACAGAUUAUGAACUGUUGACAGAUACCCUGAAAUUAAAGAAUGAGAGAAUUGCGGAGCUAGAGCGGUCUGUUACAGAGGAGAAACACGAGAUAGAAAUUGAACUCUUACGCGGGGACAACGAACUCCUGUCUGAGCAAGUCCGAAGUCUGGAGGAGAAACUGGAAGGAUCCGAGAAAAACAUCGCUGAGAAAGGGAGACAAUUGGAGUUUGUGCGUACCGAGGUUGAGGAGUUAGAAUCACGUCUCCGAGACAAAGACGAGAUAGCAUUCAUGUACGAGACCAGCAUCACUAACCUCCAGCGAGAAAAAGAACAGCAAGCUUUGGAAAUGGACCAACUGAAUGAGGAAUUGGAAAAUGCCCUGUUGAAAUGUAAACGAACAGAUGAGCUUGAUUUGCAGCUAGAAUCUCUGGUGUCCCAGCUCAACGGCCUACAACAAGAGUGCCAGUGUUACCGCGUCCAGAACGACGAGCUCAAAAACAAAAUCAACGUCCAGCAGGAUCUGUAUCUCAGCCAGCAGUACCAGAUCGAAGUUGCGGGGAGGGAAAAGGAAGAGCUUCUGACAGAAAACCAACGCCUAGGGGUUGAGAAAGAGGAGCUGAGACAGGAGGUCAUGAAACUACAAGUUGCAAUGGAGAACUCGGGUAUUGCAAAAUCUGAAGAUCUGAUGGAGGGAAACGUGGAAUCUCGCAAGAAAGUAGAGAAGGAAAUGAAUGAAGUGGAAGCAAAAAUUCGACAUCUGAAGGAAGAGAAUUUGUCCUGGAAGAUGAAAGUUCAAUCUAUGGAGGACAAAAUUCUUGACUUGCAUAAAGAUCUUGAGGUGUCCCAAGACAGCACUGCAGCAGAAAUUGGAAAGCUUCAUGAUUUCUAUAAACAAGAAAUUCUGGACAAGGAUGAUGUGAUAAAUUCAUUACAAACUGAAAUAGAAAAUUACAAAGCAAACACAAAAAAAGAAAAUAAUUCCGCUGCAGUUGGAAAACAUGAAGACUGGAAGACAUCAGAAAACAGUGAUGGUAACUCUAUCACGAAUUCCAUGAUGGAAUCAAUGGUGGAAGAUCUUCUCUGUCAAAGUGAGGCUGCGAUUGAAAAAGAGGCUGGCUACCAAAAAGAGGAUCCUAUUGCAAACUGGGAAAAAGAAAACGUUUGUGAAGAAAUAGAGUUGGUUCAGGAGGAAAUGAUUCCAGUGAGUCACAUAAAUUUGUUAACAUCCUGUGAGGACCAAUCCAGUAAACUCGGUAAAGAUAAUGGUGGUGAUCAGGACGAACCAUUAGAACUCUGUGCUUCCAACAUUGGUGGUGAUGAAGAGGAGAUUUCCCAUUUACACCACAGCCUUUCAGCUCCCAGGGACUCGGAGGUUACUGAGGAAGGAACAAUCCAAUCCUCCUCAUUAUCUGAAAAUGAAUCUUCAAGACUAGACAACACUGAGGAGGAAAUAAGAUCUGUGUUGAAUUUAGAGUCUAGUGUUUCUCUGGACUCAGGAAACUUUUUAAUGAUUUUAAAAACCUUAGAAAAUCAAAAACACCAUCUCCUGGAAAAGUUGAAACGGGCAGAAGCAGAGAGGGACAAACUUUGGUCAAAAUUUCAGAAUACCAAAACUGAUGAAAUAUCUGAUGACAGUUUGAAUCUAGAUGACUCUAUUGAUGAAGAUAAUACACAGUCUCAACCUCAAUUUGUGGAAGAUGAAAUAAUCGUUAGGGAAGAAACAAAUGAAAGUUUUGCUGAAGGGAGCAUUGUAGAUGAAUCAGAAGAUGGAGUGGAUGGGCCAGACAGUCUUGAAGUCAUCUUCCCAGACACGUCGUCUCCAGAUAAUGGUGCCGUGACCAGGAUCCUGGAUGAGGAGGGAGCACCACCUGCCCACGAGAUGGAGACUGGGAGACAGGAAGGGGUCACCAUGGCGGUGGAGCCAAAGAAGACUCAGUUGGAGGGCUUGAAGGAAGAAUAUGAAUCUCAACUCAACUCGCUGCAGGAAGAACUCGGCAGGCAAGGGCAGGGCGAGAUAUCUGAGCAAACUAUACGAGAUAUGUUCCAGCAGGAGAUGGAGUCCUUCAAAGAAAGCUUGGACUCUGAGCAUCAACAGCAACUCCAGAAAAUCAUACAGGGAGUGGGAGAAACAAUAAGUCGGAUCCACAGACAACAACACACUCAGUACCAGGAAGAGUUAAAUCUACAGCUCCAGGCAAUGAGGCUGACCUUGGAGCAAAUCUAUCAAGGUCAGGUGGAGGUCAUGACCUCGGAGCAAGAACAGCGCCACCUGGCUGACCUGGACAGACUCCGCGAGACGCUGAGAGCUGAACAUGCUGAGGAAAUGAGUCGGCUCGAGUCGGAGUGGUCAAGUCGGAUGUCAGAACUGGAGCGAGAACACGAGGAUGAGCUCAACGACUCGCUUCUAGAGGAUUCGCUCAUUGUGCAGACAAUAGAGAUAGACUACCCCAGGGGCUCAGAAACAACUCAGUCGUCCCUACUCCACAAACUCAACAAGAAACUCAGUGAGGAACACAGACAGCUACUGAAGAAAAUCUCUGAUGGCCUGGACAGGCAUGAGCCGAGACUACGGACACCACGUAAACAUCGCCACACCCAGGGACAGCAGACCGAGUCAGAGGAUGGAGAGACGGACAGCAUCCGCUCACUUCCUGUCACCGGCAACGAGUUUUUACACCUGGAUGAGCGAGAGAAAGUACUACACAAUGCUCAAGAUGUUCAGCAGUCUUUGGAGACCCAGAGAGAGGAGAUCUCGUUACUUCGGUCUCGGAUGCUAGCCGAGUAUGAGCAGCUACUGACGGCUCGAGCUGAGAUCAUGUCGAGUCAGACUCAGGAGGUGGAGAAGCUACAGCGUGAGAUGGAGGAUCUACAGCAGAGCUACGAGGAUCAGAUCAAGACCUUCCAAACCAAAGUAGAGGAACAGUCAGAGGAAGCCAUGCAGACCAGACUAAAGGAGGAACACGACAGAGAAGUCCAGGAUAUCAGGGACCAAUACCAGUCCCAGAUCUCAGAGCUGUCCUCACAGCUAGAGGCCGCAACACAGGAAGUGAUGUCACUAAAACAGGAAGUGACAUCAAUACAGGAUCAGGAUGUGACAUCACGACAGGAACAGGAAGUGACAUCAGCAAGUGAUGUUUCAGUAGAACACAGUGUGUCUUCUGCUUCCAAUAUGGACCUCAGAAGCAAAAUGGAGGAAUUAGAGAAACUGUUGGCAGAAAAAUCAAAUGAAGUUGAUGAACUGUAUAAAAAAUUGGAAUUAGAAUCGCAGUUGAAUAUAGAACUCCGUGAGAAAAUGACCCUGACAGAAAACAGAGUGUCUGAAACAGAGGAGCAGUUGAGUGGCAAACAAACACUUAUAGAAGACAUGAAAAAUAAACUACAAGAGACAGAGAACAGAUUGAAAACUUUGGAGGGAGAGAGGAAAGAAAUGGAGAAGAAGAGGGAGGACUCCUCUGAAUCUGAGGAGAAUGAUGAGGACACAGCUGAGGACACAUCAGAGGAGCUCAACGACAGGCUAAUGAAGCUGCAGCAGGAACUUGAUGCUUCUCAGGAACAGGAGAGAGUGCUGGAGGAGCAGUAUGAUGAACUGCAGCAUCAGCAUAGGGAGCAGAUCGAAGCAUUGAGACAGGAUCUGGAGCAUGAACACCGGGCUGAGGUAAUGGAGGUACAGUCCGAGUUCAAAGUUCAACUCGAGAUUGAGCUCAAGCGACAAGCAGCAGACUUAGCCUAUGACUACGGAGAGAAAAUCAAGAAGAUGGAGGAAGAUCAUGAACAGGAGGUGGAAGAGAUACAGAGGAAGAUGGAGAAGUCUGUCAAGCAGUUAGAGAAAUUACAACAAGAUGCAGUGGAUGGUGCUAUAGGUAUCCCAGAAUCCCCCACUAAAAAUUACCCAGAAUCCUCUGACCUGCUCGCAGACGAUGAGCCAGACUCGCUCAGUAAAUCCACGGAGACAGCGAGCACAGUGAUUGACGCAUCGAGGCAUGACAGACUCCUGAAGAAAAGCUCUGAGGAUUCUGGCGACAAAACGGACAGCGAGCUGGAGGAGAUGGACUCAGAGACUCAUGACGAGGGCGGGAAACCUGUCAGCAUGGAGGAGUUCACUAGAGGGGACCCUAUAAAGGAGAGUGAUGACUUUGAAGAUGUCAGUGAGAGUAGCUCGACCGAGACGAGCGAGACAUCUCAGACAUCUCAGUCCGUUGCUGCAGUGAGCCAGCUGAUGGGGAAGAUAAACAUCGCCAAACAAGAAACGUUUAUGAAACUGAAACAAGAGUAUGAGGCGAAAAUUGACAAACUCACAGAGGACCUGGAGCAGGCCAUGCUGUUAAACGAUGAGAGGGAAAAGUGUAUCGAUGAAAUUACGGAAAGGUACGAAGAGAAGAUCAACGAGAUGCGAGUGCAUUACGAAAUGAGAAUAAAAUCUCUGGAAGAAUCAGACAUCGAUGUGGAAGAAAUCAAAGAGAAAGUGAAACUAGAAUUUGUGAAGAACUACGAGGCCGAGCUAGCUCGAGUUCACAUUGAGUAUGAGGAAAAAAUGGACCUGGUGAAACAGGAAAUGGCUGAGAACUUUGACUCAGAGAAACAGGAAAUGGAAAAACGGCGCAAAUCAGAACUCGAGGCAGCGGAAGAAAAAUAUGAUACACUCAUGGAUCGUAUCCGUGGAGGCGAGGCCCCAGAGGUGGCUGAUUUGGUCAGGGACAGAAUUGACACGGAACUCGAGAUGGCCAAGUCACUCAUGCAGCAAGAGUUUGAGGAAACCAUCGAGUCUGAACAGGCAAGAUUUGCAGACAUUCAAGAAGAGUUUGAAAGGAAUCUUCUAGAGGAGAAAGAAAAAGAGAUGGAAGAAUUACACACACGGCACGAGGCAGAGAUGGCCAAGAACCGGGAAAACCUGACAGAGGAAUUUCAGGCUAAGCUGGAGGCAAUGGAGGAUAAAUACAGCAAGGAGUUAGAGAAGCUCCAGAACAGUGUGGAGUCCGGGAUGCAGCAGACGCUGGCCACCGAGUACGAAAUCCAGGAGUACCAAGACAAAAUCCGAGAUCUCGAGACCGAGUUAGAGAGACUGGUGAGGGAUAGUGAGUCAGGUGACGAGAAAUCGUCCAAACGUUCGGUUGAUGAGUCUGGCGUGAUGGUCUCGGCCUCCAGUGAGUUUGACACUGACGGAGAAACAAAGGAUUCUGGGAAAGGAACGAGUAAAGUUGAGGAUCCGACAGAAUCCAAACUAGAGACAGAGGAGUGUGAAAACGCGGUGAACAUGGCUACACAGGAUCUCAGGGACUCAGGAGGUGAGAUGAUGAGUCGAGAUGAAAGUCAGAAAGAGGAACUGGUGAGACGAGACUCAACUGCAGAUUUGGACAACUCAAUUAAAAAUCUCAAGGGAUCUCAUGCGGCAGCCAUCGCUGAGAUUGAGGAGGAGUACAAUGCAAAACUUGCAGGUCUGAGGGCAGAUUUAGAGAGAGACUACCAAGGCAAACUAGACAAACUGAAGCAAGAACUGUCCAGUACAACAAGUUCAUUAAAUGAGGCCAAUGAAGGUCAAGGUCAGACAACCAGAACAGACGACCUUGACAUUGCCCACAUAGAGGAGCUCCGCGACCUUGAGGUACGGCUGACGGAGAAGCACAGUCAGGACCUCUGCGACCUUGAGAAUCGGUACAAAGUCAGAAUACAGGAGAUUCAAGAUCAUCACCAGGAGGAGAUGAACAACCUAAAGAAAGUCCUGGAAUAUCUUCAGCAGACACCUGAUGAUGAGUCCAGCAAGUCCCAGGACCCAGGAGCCAUGUCCUCCCCUGGUCCAAAGCGGAGUACUCCGGUCAGGGACAUGGAGGACUCCAGUAACCACGGCGACCAGGAGACUCCGCCCCAGGAGGUGUCCGUCGACCUGAUCAAGUUCGAGUCGAGCAUUGAGGAGGGCGGUACCCCCCUCCGUCCCCCCACGGAGAAACCCCCUGCUUUACCAAGGGAUGCUGGGACCGACCUCUUGUCUGACGAGGUCGAGGAAUCUAUAGAACAGACCCAGGCCCCAUCCACAGAUGCGCCCCCUGGGGAGGGGACUCCAGGUAAACCUGACAGUGGGAGGAGCACGCCCAGUGACCUACUGCAGACAAUGUCCGCCGACCUCUUGACCCAGGGCCUACAGAUGGGGAAGUCCCUCGGAUCGUCCACCGAGUUCUCCACCAGUGAGGCACCCACGGAAACGGUCUCCUUGGCGACAGAGCUCAGGGACAAGGAGGACAAGAUUUGCGAGCUGGAGAAGGAGAUCGAGAGUUUACAGUCCAAGUUUGCCGAGAUUGUGGAGCGCCGUGAACGUGAGAACGAAGAGAGUCGAAACCUUGAGGUCAUGCUGAAGAGUGAUCUCGAGCGAGUGCAUUCAGAGAGGGAGUCCAUCCAGUCGACCAAUGAGCACCUGCUACAGCUAUUGUCGGACGCAGUCAAAACCUACCUCAACGUGGAAGACACAAUCAACAGGAAGUUGUCCAGUAUCGUCACAGGGGGACAGCCCGGGGAACAGCCCUCCCCCUUACUCCACCGGAGAUCCCCACCCCCCGGCAAACCCCGGUCACCCCCAGGCAGCCACCCUAGGUCUCCUCCCACUGGUCAGCGACCCAUGCCCCCAGAACCCAGCUCUCCAGGGGGCGCUGAAGGAGGGGAUGUUCCCCCCCACGAGACGAGCCUGCUCUCUAACCUGACAGACGAGGGCCUGGAUCUGUCCCAGAGAACCAUCACAGAGAGCAUCUUCCAGGGGCCAGACCUCGACACUGAGGGGGAGGAGCUACUCACAGAUGCCAGUAAUCGGCUGCAGGGCUCUGUGUCGCGGCUCCUAGACAUGAUCGAGGACACCACCCACCAACUGUACGACUCGAAGCGGACCCAGCACGACUUGGUGACCUCCGUGUCGUCAGGGCAACAGGAGUCACUGUCCGUGUCCACGCGGUGCGAGGAACUGGAAGAGAGGCUGAGAGAGGAAGUGGAGGCCAAGGAAUACCUCGCCAUGGAACUACACAAAGCCGAGGGACUCAUUGAAGGAUACAGCACCGAGCGAGAUCAGCGUGAGCAGCAGGUCCGAGAUCUGGAGGAGAAGACGGAGGCCCUGGUGCUCGAGUUAGAGACAACUAAAAACAAGCUGCUCGACCUCGAAACAUCUCAUCAUGAAGCCACAUCACUACGCAGCGAGAUGCAACGACAACGAGAGCUCCUCAAUGACAACGUGGGCGAUCAGGCGCAAGUUACCAUGGGAGCCGUCACAGCGCCCUCUAGUGACCAAGCCUUGAUGUUAGAACUGAACAAACUGAACGAUGAGAAGAGAAGUCUGCAGCUUCAACUUCGAACCACGACUGAGAAAUACGAGAAACGGGUGGCAGAGCUUGAGAACGCCGGUGAGGAGACGGAGAGACAUUACGUGGAGCUGCUGGAGAAGAAGAAACUGGUGGUGGAGGACCUACAGCUCCAACUCGACUCGGUGGAGAAACAACUUAAAUCCAACCGGCAGUUCAUUGAGAGCAUGAAUUUAACAAACGAUGAACAAGCCAACGAAAGGGAACAAGAGAGAGAUGAAUUUGUUCGAGAAGUGGAAAAACUCAAAAAGUCCCUGUCUGAUCAGGAGAAGAAACAAGCAGCCGAAAACAGACUUCAGAGAGAGGUUGAAAAUUUGACAGAAGAACUUCAGGAUCGGAUAGACAGUCACAGUGAGAUAGUACAGCAGACACAGCGACUGAAGCGUGACCUGUCUGACAAACAAAUGACGUCGGAGGAGUUGGCGGCCGUGGUACGACAACUGGAACAGGAAGUAGAGGAGCAGGCCAAGACAGAACAGGCCCAUAAACUGAAAAUCCGUCAACUAGAGCAGAUGUUGGAGCGACGUCGAUCGGUAAGCGAGAUGUCGGACAAGAUGGCGGCCGAACAAGAAGAGGAGGAGUGUGAAUCAGCCAGUGAGUCUGAGUCCACAGGGAGUGAGACACGAGCCAUGAGACGACGAAGGAAGCUCCCAUCUCACAUCUCACUGCAACAGGAAGAGGCCCUGUACCAGGAGAAAGAACAGCUCCAACUUCAGCUCGAGGACCAACUCAAACAGAUCUCGGCACUCCGUAACCAACUCGACGAGAUGAGACACAGGGGAGACUACUCCGGCGGGUUCCUGGACGACAGCCAGACGUCUUCGCUACAGCGACAGGUUGACAACCAGAGAGAGGUCACGGAGGAGAAGGACAAAGAGAUUGCAGAGCUGAAGGAGCAGUUGAACGACUUGAAAGAAUCUCUGAGCAACAAAGAGAAACUGAUUAGUCAACUGACCAAUCAGAUCCAGGCUUCAGACCAAGCCAACCAAUCAGAGGCUCCGAAAGAGGACAAGGCCGCUGAUCUGAGAAUUGAAAAUGAGGACCUGAAGCGUCGGUUGCGGAGUCUGGAGAAGCAUCUGGACGGGACGCCAAUGUCGGUGCUGAGCCAGAACCUGUUGGAGGAGAAGAACCAGGAGAUAGACCACCUAACUCAGCAGCUCGACCGACUCAGGUUCGAGAUAGCUGCUCUCAAGUCCGGUGAUGCGCUCGCCGAAAUGCAAACGGAGGUGGAUAAACUUCGCUCGGAGCUGGAGCGUAAGGAGAUGGAACUCGUCCGAGCAUCUCAGGCGUCCACUUUCUCUGAUCUCAGCGAUACGGAUGGAAUUCCUGCUGCGUCUGAGUCUUUCACAGAAAAGACCAAUCUCCAGCAGGAGUUAGAAGACUCCGUGGCUCAAAAAAUGGAAGAAUUUGAGCAACUCAAGUCAGCUCUCCAGCAAAAGGAGGAAGAAAUAGUCGGCCAGCAGCAGUCGAUUCAGGAGAAGGAGGAGGUGAUUGCCGGCCUCAACAUGACCUUGGACGAAAAGGUCACAGAGCUGGAGAAAGUCUCCAAGGAGCUAACGGCGGAAAGGGAAAAAACUCAGCAAGUUACCUCCCCUAUGAGUGAGGACACCUACCUUAAUGAGAUUCUUCAAGAGAAGGAGACAUUAAUAGAACAAAUGAAUGGACAGAUAGAGGGGCUUACUGCAGAAGUCGAAAGUCUGAGUGACUUCCAGUACAAGCUCCAGGAAGAUUUCGACACGGUUCAACAGAUGUUGGAGGAGAAGGAGAGAGAGAUAGACACACUGUCAAAGGAACUCGGGGAGAGGACCCAGGAGGAUCACAGUGAAGAACUGUUGAAACUGGAGAUGGAGAUUUCGAAACUGAAGAAAGACCUUAAAGAAAAGGACAAUGUUAUAGAAGAGAAAGAGGAGGAAAUGUACCUCCUGAAUGAGAAACUAGAGCAGCAACAGGAAACACAAACCGAUCCACAGGGCUUGGCUCAGACCCUGGCAGAAAAAGAGGCUGAAAUUAAUUCCCUUUGCGAAGAUAAAGUUCAACUGCAGUCUGCCUUGGAGGAAAAGAGUCAGGUGACAGAGGAAAUUCAGGCUGAGCUUGCUCGGGUCAAGGAGCAGCUGACGGCAGGCGGCGACAUCCAGACAAAACCAGAUCAAACUGGUUCUAUGAACUUUGACCUUUUGUUGAAAGAAAAGGAGACUGAAUUGGAAAAAGUCAAGACUGAGUUUGCUAACUUCAGAGAGAGUCUUCAGUCUGCAGCUCAGGACAUUCAGCUUAGAGAUAACUGUGACAGGAUUCAAAGACUCCAACAAGAACUCGUGGCGAUGCGUAGUCUCGUUAAACAUGAGCAUGGAGAUGACCAAGUCAUACAGAAGAUGGUGGAAAUCCAGCAGCUCCGAGAUCAGCUCACAGGAAUCCGAGAUCUUGUGCGAGAUGGGAAAGCCUCUGAAAUACACCUGUCAAAAGAAGAGGUUGAGAUGUUGAAAAAGAGACUCGAGGCUACAGACUCACAGGAGGACUUAAGUCGACUCACAGAGGAAAUGUUUAAGUUAAGAUCCAAAUAUAUAAACUCGGACCUUAAGAGUUUGUUAAAGGAAAAGGAUGAGCAGAUUGAGGCACAAAUGGUUGAGAUCACAGGACGAGAUGCUGAGAUACAGAAAUUGAAAGAAGAACUUGAGGAUCUGGACAACAAAGAAGAAGAGAUACAAUCUUUACGACGAGAUAUGAAAAAUCUCGCAGAUAAAGAAAAUGAGAUUCAGUGGCUGAAAGAUGAGCUAGAUAGCAUUGACGAGCGUGAGCAGGAGAUAAGGGAGUUAAAACAGAAACUUGUCGAAAAGGAAGAGGAAAUUCAAGAACUGAGACGAGAUUUAAAAAGUGAGGCAUUAACUGAAACUGAAACUCUUUCUUUGAGAAGCAAUGAACAACAAAAUGAGACAAAUGAACGAGAUAGUGAACAAAUUGACAAUGAGUUGCAUAAACAGAGACAGGCAAUAGAAGAACGAGAUACAGAGAUUGAAGGCCUACAAAAAGACUUGAAAGCUCUAGCUGAAAAAGAACAAGAAAUAGAGAACUUGAAAUCAGAAUUACAGAAUUAUGAUGAGAAAGAAUCUGAGAUAGAGAGAUUGAAGGAGGAAUUGAGUGAGAAAGAGAAGCAAAUACAAGAAUUACAAGAGGAUCUCAGAUGUUUAGCUGAAAAGGAGAGUGAGAUUGAGACAUUGAGAACUGAGAUACAGAGAAUGGUGGAAACCCAGGAAACUCUAGAGGAAGAGAGAAUUUUCAACAUGGCCAGUCCAGGCUCAAAACACCAACAUCAGCAGGAUUCCCAAAAAGAGGAGGUGAGCGAACUGAAGGUCAAGGUCACUUCUCUGGAGGAUGAACUGGAUGACCUUAGAAAAGAGGUCAAGGACAAACAUGAGGAGAUGACUCAGCUGAGAUCUGACGGCGAGACGAAGGAGAUGACCAUACAAGACUUACAGGCCGAGAUCGAGACAUACCAACAGAAGCAAGAGGAACAGUUCCAGAAGCUGCAGUCCCUGGAAGAACAGUUGGGAGAGGUCCGGAGACAGAGCGAGGACACGGAGGAUUCCCAGGAACAGCUCUCAGAGACGCGGGAACAGCUGGAGCAGGUCACACAGGAUCGGGAACUGGUCCUCAUCCGACUGAGCGAGGCGGAGGGCAACCUGGGGGUCCUCAACUCCCAGCUCCUCAACAAGGAGAACGAACUACAGGCUUUGCAAGCUGAAAUCUUGGAAAAAACUGUGAAAUGGACAGAGGAAAUGCAGCAGGCCAAAUCAAAUCUAAAAGAGAAACAGGAAGAGAUCCACAAACUUCAGAGCACGAGGCCAAAGUCCGUGGCCAAACAGGAGCUUGACCAGUUACUGAGUGAGAAGGACCUAGAACUUCAGGAUGUCAAACAGAGGCUGCGGGAAGCGGUAGAUCUCAGCGAGCAGCAACUACGCAUCGUUGAACAAAAGGACGAGGAGUUUGUGAAACUUAAACUGGAAAUACAGCAGAUGAUCGCCGAAAAAGACAAGACAAUCAGAGAGCUCAAGAAGCAGCUCAUGUCUCAGAGCUCGAGUAGUGAGCUUGAGAUAUCUCAACUCCAGCAGGAAGUGGAGAGUAAGAGGGAUACUGUGGAAGAGCUUGAGACUGAGUUGACACGACUCAAGACGAUCCAGGACUCGACUGCUGAGGCCGGCGGUGAUGCAAUGACACUGAUAACUCGGCUAAGGGACCAACUCAGGGAGCGAGAUGAAGCAAUCAAAGAAAUCCACCACAAUCUCCAACAAUCUCAGGACGAGCUCCAAUCAAAAUCUCAGGAACUCCAGACCAAAACUCAGGAACUCUAUGAGGCUCGCAGUAAGCUGGAUCAGGUCUCGCCGAGCAAAAAUCUGUCUCGGGAAGCAGAGCAACAGUUCCGUCAAUUACAGCAGGAACUUCAAACGGCGAAGGAAGCGCUGGCGGAGAUGCAGCGUCAGGCAGGAGGGGCCAGCAGAGGAAGCAGUGUAGAGAGGCUGGAGUACCGUGAAGGAAGUCCCGAGUCUGACCUUGACCUUGAGAUGAUGGACACGGAUGAGUUACGUCGCCUCGUUUUGGAUCUUAAACACGACCUUGAGCUCAGUAAAUCGGAGGUUGAUUUGUUCCGAAAAUCAGCGUCCAUGUCCGCAAAGGACUUUGUUCAGAAGGUGAUGGAGUUGAGAGAGGAGCUCGGCUCACAACAUCAGAGACACAUACAGGACCUGACGGACAGAAAUCGAAUCGAGUCUGACUCGAAUCUCGCUCAACUCAGGAUCAAGUAUGAGGACGAGAUAGAACAUAUCAAGAAGCUUCACCAGAAAGAGCUCGCUCAAAUGAUUGGUGAGACAAAGCGUGAGCUUGAGAAACAUCAUAAAACGGAAAUCAACUCAAUGCUGGCUCGACAUAAACACGAGAUUGAGAUGCUGAGAAUCAGAGAACCAGUGAUGGAAUCCCAUGAUGCUUCAGUGCUGAAUCUGGCCAAUCAGCUCGGAACUGAGGUUGCCAUGACAGAGCGUUUGGACAGCGAGUUAAUUAGGUCAUUGUCUCAGCGCCCCGAUGGUCAGGACAACGCUGACGCCAGCGACAUUGCCGAGAGCGAGAUAUCUGUAGAUGACAAUGUACCAUCUAGACUUCAGGUUUUAAUGAAGCGCCUCCAUCGGGAGGGGGUGGAGAUGUUGUCUCUGUCGGAGUUACAGUUUUUGAAUCGUCACAUGCCCCCGAGCACGCUCAGUAGAGAGGUGGAUCUCAGAUCGUUACAGGCGGCCUGGGACAGCGAGAAACAGAGUCUUCUGUCUGCCGUACAGUCCCUGAAAGACCUGCUCGCUCAGACUCACAGAGUCCGAGGGGUCGACAAGGAGAGUUGGGCAAAUUUUUGUGAUUUUCCAAAUACGUCGGAUGUUUCGGAUUGGAGAGGCGAGCUGUUACGCUCCAUUGGUUUUGUUUUUGCCAAAGAACGCGAGACCCUGCUAGCGGAGCUACGAUCACAUGUUCUCUCGCAUCCAAACGUAGAUCUGACCGAGAUCCAGAAACUUGAGCAGAAAAUCAGGAACCAGGAGGCGCAUCAGAAGGCGUCGUUGGAUCAGAUAUUCAGUGCGGACCGUCAGUCUCUUCUGGCCGAGGUCCGCGACCUGCGAGCUCACGCCAAUGUAAGUGGACUACGUCACCAGGAGGAGAAAGAACGACUGACUGAACAGCUCAACUGUGUGGAGGAUCAAACCUCGAAACGCGAGCGACAGCUCAAACGUCAGGUGCAGUUACUGGAGUAUAAACUGCAGCAGGAGAAGAUAAUCCAGGACGACCUGAGAACCAGUUUAGAGGUGGAGCGGGACCGCUCCACUGAUCUGUCCAAUCAGCUGAGCCGAGAGAAGAACGCCGGCCUUGACCUUCAGACAGAUCUAUCCAACCAACAGCUCCAGAUCUCGAAGCUGAAGGAUGCGCUAGAGCGCGAACAAAGCCGAUUCAUCUCAGUCACAACAAUUUGGAAUGACUUGGUAGGAGCUUUGGAAGAGGAGAAGACAAAAUGUCAACACCUGAGUGAACUACUCGAGCGUGAGCGGGCGGCACUCAGACAGAUCAGGUCAAAGGUCGACGAGAUGAAGCUCGAGUCUGACAGCAAGGACCGACACGAGUUUUUACUGGAGAGGCUUACAAGUGACCUGAAUACUGAGCGAGAUCGUAGACUCCAAGCCGAGAAUGCUCAGGAACUCGAGAAGGUGGCCCUGGCCAACCUACAACAGGAACUUGAUCUCGAGAGGAAGAAUCUCAGAUCCACUGAGUCUGAGUACAAGGCUCGAAUCAAGCAGCUCAGCACAGCAGUGGAACUCGAGCGAGCUAAAUCAAAUGAUCUUCAGGGAGCUCUAGAGAGAGAGAGAGUUGUCAAUGACAAACUCAGAGAGAAUCUGGACAGUGAGCGCCGCUCACUCCUUGAGAGUACAGAUCGAGAAAACUCAAUCUUUGAGGACAUGCAGCUUGAGUUAGAGUCAGAACGUGCCAAAGUUAAAGAUCUCAAAAACUCAGUGGAGCGAGAAAAGCAAAGGCUUCAAUCUCAGGUGACUGCUCUCGAGUCUCAGACGAGUGUACUCAAAGACGAGCUCGAGCAGGAAAGGUUGGCUUGCCGCCAGAUGAAGAACGAGAUAGACCAGAUACAGCUUCAGAAACUAGACAUCACUCGGCACUAUGAACACGAACGUGACCAAGUCUCGCGGCUCAAGUCUGAACGUGAACUCCUGAGGUCAGAGGUCAAAUCCCUGAAGGAUGUCAUGAACGAGAAGGAGAGAAAUCGUGACACGGAGAAAGUGACGGAGCGUCGGUCACAGAGACAGCUGGAGAGGGAGAGGGACGACCAGAAAAUGAAGAUGCAUGAAAAUGAGUUAGAAAUUCAGCGACUUACUCAGCGAGUUCUAGAUCUAGAGGAUCAAGUCUCAGAUACUCGAGAACGCGAGAUGGAAGCCACUCGGGAACUACAGCAGGAGAAACUACGCUCGACUCACCAGCGAGUAGACUCAGAGGGCAGUGAAGAGGAUCCGGAUCACUGGAACAUUUACAAAACACAGCUCGAGAGUAUAUGUCAGAGUCUGCAGUAUCUAAUACUACAGUAUCAGGAUCAGUUAUCCUCAGGUGUUAAAGGUUCAGUUAAUGUCCAGAGUCUGGAGAAAUCUCUCAAGGACCUACUAAGUGAACUCAAACAAACUCAGACACCACUUGCCUUAGAGUCGGACACCAUGGACAGUCUGACGAGUCGACCCAGCGCUCAGGCCGUGAACCAGCGAGUGUUACAUCACAACUCCGAGCUGACUAACUUUGUGUCCAGACUGACAGAGGAGAAGAUGGAGCUACGCAACACUCUGGGGCGUCUAGAGGAGGAGAUCUGGAGAUACAGACAGAGGGGUGCUGAACAGCAGAAUGGCCAUGAUAUGAGUGAAAACCACACAGAUCAGGAGAACCGUCAUCUGGAAGCUCGUGCCUCAUGGGCCAAAGAGAGGCUGUCGCUACAGCUGGCCCUUAAUCAAAUGGAACAGGAGCUUGACCAAUGUCGGGCCGACCUCAGAGUGGAACGAGACCGAAGGUCAGGCAUCGCUGGAGUAGGGACGGAGGGGGACAGGGAUAGGAUCCAGCGUCUGUACGGGAAGUACCUGCGGGCGGACAGUUACAGGAAAGCCCUGGUCUACCAGAAGAAGUACCUGCUCUUGUUACUGGGGGGAUUCCAGGACUGUGAGCAGACCACCUUGGCUCUGAUUGCCAGGAUGGGGGUCUACCCCUCCCCUGAGGACCUGCAGCGAGGGACCAGGCCCCGCCGACCGGUCACCGCAUUUAGGAGUGCUGCCAGGGUUGUGGUGGCCGUAACUAGGUUACGCACCCAACUCUAACAGUUUCUCACCACCCCGCAUCAACACUCAGUCACGCGUGAACGGCUCCGGACCCUUCAACAGUCACGCAUCAUCGCCCCUCCAUUCAAGUGUUCACCAGUCUCCAUACAGUCCGUCCUAUUUGUCUUCCAGCU